UUUUUCCUCUCUCUCAUUCUAAACCUGAAGCUCAAACCAUGUCGGCCUUCGUAGGAAAGUAUGCAGAUGAGCUGAUCAAGAAUGCCAAGUACAUAGCCACCCCGGGCAAGGGCAUUCUGGCUGCAGACGAGAGCACGGGCACCAUCGGCAAGCGUCUGGCAAGCAUCAACGUGGAGAACAUCGAGUCCAACCGCCAAGCACUUCGUGAGCUCCUCUUCACCUCGCCCAACGCGCUUGCUUACCUCUCAGGCGUCAUACACUUCGAGGAGACCCUCUACCAGAAAACCUCCGGCGGCAAGCCAUUUGUUGAGGUCCUUCAGGAGAACAAUGUCAUCCCUGGCAUCAAAGUUGACAAAGGCACCGUCGAUAUCGCCGGCACCAACGGUGAGACCACGACCCAAGGCUUCGAUUCCCUCGGAGCACGUUGCCAGCAGUAUUACAAGGCCGGAGCACGCUUUGCCAAGUGGCGUGCUGUCCUUAAGAUCGGCCCCAAUGAGCCGUCCGAGCUUGCCAUCCAACAAAACGCACAGGGGUUGGCUCGCUACGCCAUCAUUUGCCAGGAGAAUGGACUGGUGCCGAUCGUCGAGCCGGAGGUACUGACCGAUGGGAGUCAUGACAUUAAGAAAUGUGCUGCUGUUACUGAAACAGUUCUAGCCGCGGUAUACAAGGCUUUGAAUGAUCACCAUGUGCUUCUGGAGGGAACGCUUUUGAAGCCCAAUAUGGUCACCCCUGGCUCUGAUAGCGCAAAGGUAGCUCCCGAGGUGAUUGCGGAAUACACAGUUGGUGCAUUGCGCCGGACCGUCCCACCUGCGGUGCCUGGAAUUGUGUUCCUAUCAGGAGGGCAGAGCGAGGAAGAGGCGACAUUGAACCUUAAUGCCAUGAACAAGUUGGCUGUGCUGAAGCCAUGGACACUGUCGUUCUCGUUUGGGCGAGCUCUUCAACAAAGCACACUCAAGACAUGGGCUGGGAAGAAGGAGAAUGUCACGGCUGCUCAGGAGGCAUUCUUGGCAAGGUGCAAGGCAAACUCCGAUGCCACCCUUGGGAAAUAUGCGGGCGGGAGCGGUGGUGGGUUGGCUUCAGAGAGUUUGUAUGUAAAAGGGUACAAAUACUAACUAAGCGCGGCAAGGGAAAAGGGUCUGUCAUAAUCUGUGUAUCAUGUGAAUUUGUAAUUCUUCUUCUUCUUCUUUAUCAUGCUUAUAUAUGUCAGGUAAAUAUUCCACAUUCCAGUGAUUUUAGUAAUAUUGUCUUUUCAAUUCU